AUGGAUAUGAAUAUGGAGGUGGUAAAUGGUGGUAUGGAGAUGGGUAAGAGUAUGGAGCUGGGUAAUGGUAUGUUGGUGGAGGUUGUUGAUGACGAUAAUGACAAGGAUUUGAUGAUGGUGAAAGUUGUUGAUGACGAUAAUGACAAGGAUAACCAUAUGGGAACUGUUAUCCAUGCCAAUAUACCAAAGGACAUUCUUCCUAAAUUCCUUAACAGUUUUGUAGAAGGAGAUGUCUAUUGUGUAAAAAACUUCUUUGUGGUAGCAAACUGGCAUACUUAUAAAACCAAUUUAAUUGGUCGUGUGGUUCAAAUAUAUGCUCCACAACAGAAGACCAUUGGUACUAGACUAAUUGACUUUGUGAUAGAAGAUUCACAGGGUAAUCGUCUAACCUGUACAUUCUGGGAUGAACAUGUUGCAAAAAUUGAGCCUUUCUAUCAAUCUCCUGGUAAUGAGCCUCUGUAUGUUUUGAUCCAGUUUUGUAGACUGAAAAUUGGUGUUAGAGAGCUCUCACAGCAAACACCCAUGCGCAGUAUAGCUUCCAUGUCUAGCAUUACUGAUCUCUAUGACAAUGAACAGUUUGGUGACUUUUGGAUAGCUGCAAGGAUAAAUGGUGUUGAAAAUCCAAGUGAUUGGUUUUAUAUUUCCUGUCCUAAUAAGGGUUGCAAUAAAAAACUCAAACUUUCUGAGGGUGUCAAUAAGUGUUUCAAAUGUAAUAAAAUUCCAGAGGGUAGCAUUACAAAGUAUAAAAUUAGAGUACGUAUGGUUGACAUGAAGGGUACUGCAUCCUUUUUGCUAUGCGAUAGAGAAUGCAUGGAUUUGCUAGGUCUUGCAGCAGAAGACCUAUAUGAAAGAAAUGUGAAUAACCUUGGACACAUAAAGGAGAUAUUUGAACUGGUAGGGAGGACAAUGCUUUUCAAGAUUUCAGCAAAGAAGGACCAGUUUGUUCGUCGUAAUAUCCCAUUUCCUAUUCUUAGAAUUAACACUGACCAUAUUGUGCUGCAACAACACUGCCCUGAUCUUCUAAGUUUACAUGAAAAUGACUGUAACUCUGAAUGCCCUAUAAGUGAGGGGGAUGAUAAAUUUUUAGAGGGUUUUGAGAGUGAUGAAGCGGAGAGUCCUGUUGCUAUGUUGGCCCCAACGAGUAGUACUGAUUGUACUACUGAUGGACCGGUCAAGCGUUGUUUGCUUGAUUCAUUUUCCUCAACCAAGGGUGGAAAGAAAGUGAAGCAAUGCCAUGUGAAGUUAGAGAAGAUUGAUUGA